AUGCUCUUAAAGAUUUCUCCCCUAAUAUGCCCCUGUAUUCCUGAAAUUUGUGUCAUAAACCUUAAAAAGGUUCACACGUAUGUUUUCAAGAGACUAUGUAUAUAUUUUAGUAUUAAAGUUGUAAGAUUUCUGUGGAAAAUGUCUUCUGCCGCCAUAUAUAUCCUGGAUGUGAAAGGAAAAGUCCUCAUUUCGAGGAACUAUCGCGGUGAUGUUGAUUUGGGCGUCAUAGAUAAAUUUAUGCCUUUACUAAUGGAGAAAGAAGAAGAGGGAAUGCUUACACCACUUCUACAGACUAGCGAGUGCACCUUUGCUUAUAUUAAGACAAACAACUUGUAUAUAGUAUCAACCACCAAGAAAAAUGCUAAUAUUGCACUUGUUUUUGUUUUCUUGUACAAGAUCGUUGAAGUUAUGACUGAAUACUUCAAAGAAUUGGAAGAGGAAAGUAUCCGUGAUAAUUUUGUUGUUAUAUAUGAGCUGCUGGAUGAAUUGAUUGACUUUGGCUACCCACAAACAACGGAUAGUAAGAUACUACAGGAAUAUAUCACCCAAGAAGGUCAUAAAUUGGAAAUGCAACCUCGUAUACCGAUGGCUGUUACAAAUGCAGUGUCAUGGCGGUCUGAAGGUAUUAAAUAUAGAAAGAAUGAAGUAUUUUUAGAUGUCAUUGAAUCAGUCAAUUUGUUGGCGAAUUGUAAUGGAAAUGUUCUAAGAAGUGAAAUUGUUGGGGCGAUCAAAAUGAGAGUAUAUCUGUCUGGUAUGCCUGAGCUUCGUCUUGGGUUAAAUGACAAAGUACUAUUUGAGAGUACUGGUCGUGGCAAGUCUAAGUCUGUAGAACUUGAAGAUGUCAAGUUCCAUCAGUGCGUGAGAUUAUCACGUUUUGAAAAUGAUAGGACUAUUUCCUUCAUUCCACCCGAUGGAGAGUUUGAAUUGAUGUCAUACAGAUUAAACACUCAUGUGAAGCCUUUGAUUUGGAUAGAGUCAGUUAUUGAACGUCAUGCUCAUUCCCGAGUUGAGUACAUGAUCAAGGCAAAGUCGCAGUUCAAGAGGCGUUCCACUGCAAACAAUGUUGAGAUUAUUAUCCCCGUCCCAGCUGAUGCUGAUUCUCCAAAGUUCAAGACGACCAUAGGCAGUGUGAAAUACACACCUGAACAGAAUGCCAUCACUUGGUCCAUUAAAUCGUUCCCUGGAGGCAAGGAGUACUUAAUGAGAGCCCACUUUGGGCUGCCCUCUGUUGAGUGUGAGGAGGUUGAUGGUAAGCCACCAAUUCAAGUCAAGUUUGAGAUACCAUACUUCACUACAUCUGGCAUUCAAGUGAGAUACCUGAAGAUUAUUGAGAAGAGUGGAUACCAAGCUCUUCCGUGGGCAAAGAAAAUUGAUAACCUCAAAAAAGAAAAUGUUUCUCCAGCGGAAAAUAUCAAAGCUGAUGAUAAUUCAGGCGAAUUUAGAGUGAAUGAGGUUAAUAUACAGAUGAUAUCGAAGAACAUAUAUGACCAACUAUUUAAAAAACCAACUGAAAAAAUAGAUUGUAAUAUUAUUAAAAGAUGCCAAGAUAAUUUACUAAAGCAUGGCAUUGAUUACAAGAAAUGCAGUCACCUUCCAGAUGUGGAAUUAAAACUACCGAAGCUUGAGGGUUCAGAUGUCGUUGAACACUUUUACAAUAUAGGUGAAAGGCAAAGUGCUCCAUAUAGAACUUUAUUACAGAAGCUGGCUACCUGUAAGUUGCCACCAUUGCCGAAGGAAUGGUCAAAGUCAGCAGGCUGGACAAAAUAUACCAGUGGAAAAGCAGAAAAAGUAUCCUGUCCACCAGAUGAUGCUUUAAUAUUUGAUGUGGAAGUUCUUAUGUCAGCUGGUAAAAGACCUACUCUGGCCUGUGCUGUAUCUCCAAAUGCAUGGUAUGGUUGGAUAAGUGAGCCUCUAGCGAAUAACUUGCCACACGAAGUGUUCGAGACUUUGCCAUAUGAAGAUCUAAUACCGUUGGAGACAGAUGGUCUAAAACCAUGCGGCGACCUUAGUAGGCCUAGAGUCGUGGUUGGACAUAAUGUGUCGUUUGAUAGAGCCAAGAUCAAGGAACAGUAUUGGCUAGAAAGAACAGGAGUAAGAUUUAUGGACACAAUGUCGAUGCAUGUUAGUGUCAGCGGGGUGACUAGUUACCAGCGUACUGUGCUAAAGGCGAAAAAUAAAGAACCACAUCCGUCCGAUGAUGAUUGGAAGGAAAUUAGCUCCCUCAAUAAUCUCAGCGAGGUACACAACCUAUAUUGUGGUUCACCAAUAAACAAAGAAUCCAGGGACAUUUUCACAGAAGGUACCAUGGAAGAUGUUCACCAAAACUUCCAAAGAUUGAUGAUGUACUGUGCUGGAGACGUGGCGGCGACACACAGGGUCUUGAAACAACUAUUUCCCAUGUUCUUAGAGAGGUUCCCACAUCCUGUAACACUGGCUGCAAUGUUGGAGCUAGGCUCAGCAUAUCUACCAGUUAAUUCCAAUUGGCUUCAAUACAUAGAUUCAGCUGAAACAGUUUUCGAAGACCUAAAAUUAGAAUCCAGACAGCUACUUUCACUAAAGGCAGACGAAGCAUGCCGAAUGAUGACCAACGACGCUUAUAAAAAAGACCUUUGGAUGUGGGAUCAGGAUUGGUCGACACAGAAGCUUAAAUUAAAAAAAGAAACUGGAAAAAAAAAGAAAGUGAAAUCACAUGAAUCUGGCGGUAUAGACGAUAUUUCAAUUCAAUUGGAAAACGAUAAGAAUUUGAAAAUAGAACAAAGUUUAAAAGAUUUUGAUAUUUUAGAUGAAAAAUAUUUAAACAAUUUAGAGAAUUGUGAUAAUGGAGAACACGUGAACAAACUAGGCAAUUCAAAGAAGUUUGAUCAUCUGUUCGAGAUGGGACAGUUGUUGCCAGUAAAGAAGCCGUAUUUGGCCGGAUAUCCGGCGUGGUAUAGGAAACUUUGUACUAAACCCGGCAAAGAUCCGGAUUGGACCCCUGGGGCCAACAAUAUUACUACUAGUAUGCAGAUCACCCCAAAACUGCUUCGAUUAUCAUGGGAGGGUUACCCUCUCCAUUACAUCCAGGCGGAAGGGUGGGGCUUCCUUGUACCUAUUAGUCACCAACAUUCUGAUGAUGCAGAGGAGCCGCUGAUACCUUUGGAGGAACUUUUGAAGACCUGUCCCUUGAAGUUUUGCAAGGAAAGCUCUUUCGAACCCGACGUGUACAUGCUGCCUAAGACUGUAGAGGAAGAUUUGGGCAGGCGUGCUUACUAUGCGAGAAAGAAAAUAGACAAACAGGCAGCAGCUAACCAAUACCACGGUCUAGGAGUGUGGUGCGGUAUACAGUUGCAAGGAUGCUGCCAUUUUCUGAGACUCCCACACAAAGACGGACCUAAGUAUAAAGUGGGCAAUCCCCUUGCCAAAGACUUCCUAGACAUGUUCAGUCAAAACGUACUCUCUGCUCAAGGCGAUGAGGCUGAAAAGGUGCUGAGCUUCGGGCGCAUGAUGUCGUACUGGCGCAACAACCGCGCGCGGGUGCUGGCGCAGCAGGUGGUGUGGCUGCCGCCCGCCCACCACCAGGGCCUCGGCGCCAUACUGCCGCAGAUCGUGGUGGCCGGCACGCUCACGAGGCGUGCGAGUGAACCAACAUGGAUGACCGCUUCGAAUGCACAUCAGGAGCGAGUGGGGUCGGAGCUCCGGGCUAUGGUGCAGGCGCCGCCCGGGUAUAAAUUUGUAGGAGCAGAUGUUGAUUCACAGGAGUUGUGGAUAGCGGCACUGCUGGGCGACAGCAGCAGCGGCGUGUGCGGGGGCAGCGCGUUCGGCUGGGCCGUGCUGGCCGGGGACAAGCGCCGCCGCACCGACCUGCACUCGCUCACCGCCACCGCCGCCGCCGUGUCCAGGGACCACGCCAAGGUCAUCAACUAUGCCAGGAUUUACGGUGCUGGACAAAAUUUCGCGGAACGUCUACUGAAGCAAUUUAAUCCGACCAUGACGAUAUCCGAAGCGAAGAGUAAGGCUGCUAAAAUGUUCACGUCGACUAAAGGCAAGCGGGUGUACACACUCAAGAAGCAGUACAUGGAAGGGUUUAUUGAUGAAGACUUGACAGACCAGGUAGUAGAAAUGUCAGGGUACCAAGCUAUCCGUUUAGCAAAGCUGAGCGGCAAGAAACUCGAGGAUAUGUUCGAAAGGCCCAAAUGGACGGGUGGCACAGAAUCUGAAAUGUUCAAUAAACUCGAAGAAAUAGCUGAUUCCCCGGGUCCGUCGACGGCGUUCCUGUCGGGGCGCCUGACGCGCGCGCUGGAGCGGGCGGGCGGGCGCUGGGCCGGCACGCGCCUCAACUGGGCCGUGCAGAGCGCCGCCGCAGACUUCCUGCACCUCAUGCUCGUCAGCGUGGCGCACCUCGCGCCCGAGGCCAGAUUUUGUCUCAGCUUCCACGACGAAGUAAGGUAUCUCGUUCCAGAGGAACACAAAUAUGAGACAGCUUUGGCGCUGCAAAUAACCAACCUGCUCACCAGGGCGUUUUGUUCACAGAGGGUUGGUAUUCACGACUUGCCGUUGUCAGUGGCGUUCUUUACUUCAGUAGAAGUAGAUCAGGUUUUAAGAAAAGAGUCGAAUCUUAGCUGUACAACACCUUCCAACCCUCAUGGACUAGAGAAAGGAUAUGGAAUACCAAACGGCGAAUCUCUGAAUAUAUUUGAUGUAUUAGAGAAAUCCCACGAUUUGUCGUUUAAGAUAUUCGUUUCCGUGGCUGAAGAAUACAUGGCCAGAGGACCUGGUAAAACGAAGAUACACUUCUUAAAUCAUCAUCCUGGUUACCGAAUAGUAAAACAUAGAGGGGUACCUUCCUACGACAAUGUCAAUUUGUAUAAAUAG